ACUGCAGGCGAUACAGGGCAGGUGAAAGGAUUCCCCACUAUCUUGGUCUUUGGUGCUGACAAAAGCAGCCCAUUGCCUUAUGAGGGUGCUAGAUCUGCAUCGGCCAUCGAAUCUUUUGCCCUGGAACAGCUUUUUUUUUUUUUGUUCAACAGCCCUGGAACAGCUUGAAUCCAGUGCUGGACCUGUUGAAGUAACUGAACUUACUGGGCCGGAUGCUAUGGAAGAAAAGUGUGGUCCUGCUGCUAUUUGCUUUGUUUCUUUCUUACCUGACAUUCUGGACUCAAAAGCUGAAGGAAGGAACAAGUAUCUGGAGAUGCUAUUAUCAGUUGCAGAGAAGUUUAAGAAGGACCCUAUCAGCUUUGUGUGGGUUGCUGCUGGAAAGCAACCUGAUUUGGAGAAGCGUGUUGGUGUUGGAGGAUAUGAAUACCCAGCAAUGGUAGCCUUGAAUGCAAAGAAAGGAGCUUAUGCUCCACUUAAAAGCGGUUUUGAGGUUAAACACCUCAUAGAAUUCGUGAAGGAAGCUAAGGCAGGAGGAAAAGGGAAUUUGCCCAUAGACGGAACACUGGAGAUAGUGAAGACAGAAGCUUGGGAUGGUAAGGACGGAGAGGUGGUCGAUGCAGAUGAGUUCUCACUUGAAGAACUCAUGGGAGAGGAUUGAUGCCGUUGCUGCCUCCACUGAGUCUCAAAGGACAAGUUGAACUACUCUUUUACCUCACUAGUACCGUUUUGGUUUCUUGAAAGAUUGUUAAAAUGCCCCAGAAAGCCAGUGACAUCAUUUCAAAGGGUUGCAACAGAGUAAUACACUUUUUGAUUUCAUAUUUAGAUAUACACAGACUUCGGUGUGAA